AUGGACGUUACAUCACUACUAAACUCAUCCCCAUCCGUGCAGGGAAAAACGAGUUUAGAUAAGGACGUACGGAAUAUUGUGAGCCAUGGCGCCGGCUUAACGUCUGCGACAGCAGCAGAGGUGACGACAAGGUAUCGAUUCUCGUCAGACAAUUUUCUCCAAAACAAUCCCCCUAUCUCCAUCAGACAUGAAACGACAAUACCAUAUCGACAGAAGGACCAGACAUGGAACAGCAAUGAAUUCGCACUUCCGCCAACUGUGGAAGUUCCACUAGCAGAAGUAGUAGGGGGUCCAACGUAUAUUACAACAUCAUCACCUGUGGUGUCCGUCAGUCUCGAGUUGCCACCACAGGAGUCAUACGAGAGUAUUAGCAGCCUGCCUUUGCCCGACGACUCAUCACUUUCCUUCCUCUCGAGGAUUCCUUUCUCCAUGCCAGGAAUCCCAUUCAAUCCGUCUCCAUCCCAAUUAGAGUGGGCCGAGUUUGUGAUGCCCAAGACAUCGCCACUAGGCGUACAACAGGAAACAGCAAAUGAAGCAAUCAUUUCCCCGCCUUGGACCAAUGGAAAAGAGUUGGGCACAGAUCCAGUGAGAUCUAGCUCACCAUCCGAUUUUAUAUUGGCAAGGAGCUUAAAGCGUUUGGAUUGGACUGAUCGACGAGAUGUUACAAUGUGA